GAAGAAAGAUGAAACUACUGUACAAUCUGUAUGUUUUGCUAAUUGUCAUCUUUCUAAGUCCAGCCUAUCAUGGAGAUGAAAUUAUUGGAGGGCAUGCUGCUGUACCUCAUUCACGACCCUAUAUGGCAUCCCUCCAAAAGUUUCAGUGGGGGAAAUGGCAGUAUGUACAUGAUUGUGGAGGGGUUUUGAUCAACCGUAAAUGGGUUCUAACUGCAGCUCACUGUACAACUGAAGAAGGCACAAUUGGUGGAAAAUGGAAGCUUCAAGUGGUUCUUGGCGCACAUUCUCUUUCACGAAACGAGUCGAGUAAACAAAUAUUUCAUAUCAAGAGACUGAUUCCCCAUCCCGAAUUCCGUGGUAAUACUAUGGAAAAUGACAUCAAGCUGCUGGAACUGGAGAAUAAUGCAAUGAUCAACAAUGAUGUGAAUGUGCUCAAACUACCUGGAGGAAUGGUCGAUGAUCUGAAGCCUGGAACUUCCUGCUUCGUGGCAGGAUGGGGACAAACAAGUAAAGAAUUUCCAUCUGACACACUUCAAGAGGUGACAAUAGAAGUAAUAGAUCGUAAAACAUGCAACAGCGAGGACUAUUACGAUCACAAACCUGAAGUUACCCAGAACAUGAUCUGUGCUGGUGACAGUGAAGGCAGAGGAGAUUCGUGUGCGGGUGAUUCAGGUGGUCCUUUGCUUUGCAAUGGAAAAUACGCCGGGAUUGUGUCCUUUGGCAUAGGAUGUGCAGAUCCCAAAAAGCCUGGAGUUUACACCUUUGUUUCUAAAUAUCUUUGUUGGAUUUGGAAAACCAUUGCCAUGCAGGCUUACAAUAUGACCAAUGAAAAGCUGUAUUGA